AUGGGGGCAUUGCCAAACCGCCGCGUGCUCAUCAACUUGGCCAUCGUCGCUUUGGCCGGUCUUCUCAUCUUCGCCAUCGCGCUCCCUUCUUCCCGUGUCACCCUCCGUGACCUCGUUAAACAGAAACCGAACCCAGAGAUCCCAGACGAACCAGCGCCGCCACCAAAACCGAAAUACAAACCGGAGCCAGACUACCUCCCGCCGCCCAUUAAGGACAACUUCCCACUUCUGGCUACCUCCUCCCCACCCCCGAUUCCUAAAUGGAACCAACCGCGGCAGGAUGCGCACAAGACUUACAAUCUCCCCGCCGCUCCCCCGCUCUUCAUCGGCUUCACCCGGACCUGGCCCGUCCUUCAACAGGCUGUGGUCAGCUACAUCACGGCUGGCUGGCCGGCGUCCCAAAUCUACGUUAUUGAAAACACCGGGGUGCAACAAGCCAAUGCACGCGGGCAGCUCUCGCUCCAAAAUCCGUUCUUCCUGAACCACACCGCGCUCCAUGCGCUCGGCGUUAACAUCAUCCAAACCCCGACCUUGCUCAGCUUCGCGCAAAUGCAAAACUUCUUCCUCUCCCUUACCUACGCCCACGACUGGCCAUACUUUUUCUGGAGUCACAUGGACGUAUUGGCGCUGGCGUACGAGGACGGGCGCGCCGGGCUGACACCGCGAUACGAUGCGCCGGGGUAUAAGUCGCUGUACGAACUGGCGUUAACGGCGCUGCAAACAACACAGGAAAAGGGCCAUAAAUGGGGCCUGCGGUUCUUUUCCUACGACCACUUGACGCUGGUGAACCCGAAGGCAUAUGAGGAUGUGGGUGGAUGGGAUACCUUGAUCCCUUAUUACAUGACUGAUUGUGAUAUGCAUUCUCGCCUGACCAUGCGCGGAUGGACGAUCGAGGACGCGAAAGCGGGGAUUAUCACUGAUGUGGCCUCGGCCUUGGGCGAUCUCAGUGCUUUGUACCGUGUCGACGGAGUCGAACCCAACUUUGUCGACCCAAACCCUCCUCCGCCGAAGGAAGAAGGGGGAAAGUCAAAGCAGCGGGCGAAGCGAGACGAGGACCCGAACCUCGCUAAAUGGAACGCUUUGCGGAAGACAGCGGACAGAAUGUUUCAACACAAACACGGCGACCGCGAGCGCAACACCUGGCAACUCGGCCAGCACGGCGGCGAGGGCGAACCAUUUUACUACAACGCGGCCGGCCUUGCUGAGGGCAUCGAGGUUAUGACCGAGACCGGACGCGAGAUGUACCGCCGCAAAUGGGGCCAUCGUGACUGCGAGCUUAUCAAGAAGGGCGGGCUGAAAUUCGAGGAUGCGUGGCGGGUAAAGAAGGAUUGGGAUUGA